AGGACUUCCAGAGGACAUUGGAUGCUUAUCCACUUUGAAAAAGUUGAAUCUCACUGGAAAUAAUUUUGAGCAUUUGCCCCGAAACGUAGCCCAACUUGGUGCUCUUGAGUACUUUGACUUAUCACAUUGCAAGAGGCUCAAAGUGUUACCAGAUUUCACUGGGAUGCCAAACUUGGAGACUUUGAAUCUGUCCUAUUGUAUGAAUCUUGAAGAGGUUGAUCAUUCCAUGGGAUUUCUCAGAAAGCUCUUGAGAUUAGAAUUGAAUAAUUGUAAACGGCUGAAGAGGUUUCCAUCUCUGUACAUCGAUUCCCUCAAAUAUCUGGAUCUAGAGGGGUGCUCUA